AUGGGAGGUAUUCGAUAUGAAAUUGGAAACUUAUCCAUGCUUCAAUCUUUGUUUUUAGAUGGCAAUCGUUUGAUAGGUACUAUUCCAUAUUCAAUUGGAGGUUUAUCAAAUUUGGAGAUAUUCAGUAUUGGUAACAACAGUUUUCACAGUCACAUCCCACGAGAAUUGGGACAACUAUCAAGUUUAAUAGAAUUGAGUUUGUACCUAAACAAACUUGAGGGAGAAAUACCUGAAUCUAUCUUCAAUCUCUCCAAAUUAACAAUGGUUGAGUUAUCACAUAACAAAAUCUCUGGCAAUCUUCCGUCAUCAAUAGGCAAUGUUCUCCCCAAAUUGUUCCUACUCUAUCUUAAUGGCAAUAAAUUGAGCGGAGAAAUUCCCAUGUCCAUUUCAAAUUUAUCUAGAUUCCAAAUACUAGAUCUUAAAUCUAAUUCAUUUACUGGGCGAGUACCCACUCUAGGGAAUCUACAAAUCCUCGAUACUCUAGAUAUAGCUGAUAGUCAGCUGACAAACGAUCAUUCAAUGUUGGAAUUGGAUUUCAUUAUUUCAUUAACAAAUUGUAGUAAGUUGAGGACCAUACGGAUCGGUAACAAUAAUUUUGAUGGAAGGCUUCCGAAAUCCUUGGCCUCGGGUAACUGGUCAACAUCUCUUUCGCAAUUGGAUGCUGGUUCUUGUGGCAUCAAAGGCCCAAUUCCCAUUGAAAUUGGUAACCUUAGCAAUUUGAUACAGUUAUUCAUGGGAGGCAAUGACUUGAACGGAGAAAUUCCUAACGAACUGGGCAAAUUGAAGAAGUUGCAAAAGCUGGAUCUUAGUAGCAAUAAACUAAAGGGGUCAAUUCCUACCACCCUUUGCGACUUGGGGCAUCUGUUUGAACUGAACUUCGAGAAAAAUCAGCUCUCCCAGCAACUGCCUGGGUGCUUUAGAAAUAUUAAAAUUGGUAGCGCGAAGGGGAUGCAAGUGUUAAAUUUAUCAGGAAAUCAAUUCUCAAGCGACAUUCCAAACUCUAUUGGACGACUUGAGAAUUUGGAAAACCUAAUAUUUUCUGGCAAUGAGUUACAUGCGUAUAUACCGGAGUCAUUCUCAGAAUUGGUUGCAUUGCAAUAUCUGGAUCUAUCUCAAAAUGAUCUCAUUGGUGUAAUCCCAAAGUCACUAGCGACACUUCAGAACGUUGUGUACUUAAACGUUUCAUUUAAUGAACUUAGUGGUGAAAUUCCAAGUGAAGGGAUUUUGAAGAACUUAACAGCAAGUUCUUUCACAGGCAAUAGAGACUUAUGCGGAGCAUAUCAAUUUGAGGUAAUGCAGUGCAAAGCUAAUACAACUAGAUCGUCAAGCAAGACUAGAGUUUUGAAUAUGUUUUACCAUCAAUUAAAUACAACUCUUACAUCUCAGUCUAGUUCACUCAUCACCAUCAAGAGGAUUUCAUAUUAUGAUAUUCUUAAAUCUACCAAUAACUUUGACGAUGAGAAUUUGAUUGGUAGAGGCAGUAUUGGUUCAGUUAACAAGGGAACAUUUUUUGAUGGAAUGAUUGCUGCUAUUGAGGUUUUCAAUUUGGACUUGGAAGCCGCAAACAAGAGCUUUGAUACUGAGUGCAACAUUCGUCAUAGAAAUCUUGUCAGGGUAAUAAGUAGUUGUUCUAACCUCGAUUUGAAAGCCCUGGUAUUGGAUUACAUGCCUAAGGGAAACUUUAGUAGUUGGUUGUACUCUUUUGACUAUUGCCUAAAUAUUGAUCAGAGAUUGGAAAUAAUGAUAGACUUGGCAUCUGCAUUGGUAUAUCUACAUCAUGGGCAUCCUUCCCCAGUGGUUCAUUGUGAUUUGAAACCGAGCAACGUACUUCUAGAUGAAGAUAUGGUUGUCAAUGUAGCAGAUUUCGGAAUCUCCAAACUCUUGACAGAAGACCAGAGAAUUUUGCAUACCCAAACUUUGGGUACCAUCGGGUAUAUGGCACCAGAGUAUGGAUCAACAGGAAUAUUAUCAACUAUGGCAGAUGUUUAUAGCUAUGGAAUUAUCUUGAUGGAAACAUUUACCAAAAACAAGCCCACAGAUGAUAUUUUUGUUGGAGAUUUAAAUAUGAGGGGAUGGUUGUUUGAUUUAUAG